UAUUGGACAGCUCCCCGGAUGCGGCUGUGACUGACUAUACUAGGCGAAAAAAGAUCGAAAGCCAAGUGGCGGUGCUGCAGCCCCAGUGGUCGUAGGCAGGAUGCAGACCAUUAAGUGUGUGGUGGUGGGUGACGGGGCGGUGGGUAAAACCUGCUUACUCAUCUCUUAUACAACUAAUGCCUUCCCAGAAGAGUACAUUCCCACCGUGUUUGACAAUUACAGCGCUCAAAUGAGUGUGGAUGGCCGCACUGUUAGCCUUAACUUGUGGGACACAGCUGGCCAAGAGGAAUAUGACCGCCUGCGCACUCUCUCUUAUCCCCAGACCAAUGUAUUCAUCAUAUGCUUCUCCAUCGGUAGUCCCUCCUCCCAUGCCAAUGUCAGGCACAAGUGGCACCCCGAGGUGUCUCACCACUGCCCCAAUGUACCCAUCCUGCUGGUGGGCACCAAGAAAGACCUGAGAGGUGAUGGAGAAACGGUGAAGAAGCUAAAGGAGCAGGGUCUGGCCCCUACCACUUAUCAGCAGGGCAACUCCCUGGCCAAGCAGAUUGGAGCUGUUAAAUACAUGGAGUGUUCUGCACUGCUGCAGGAUGGUGUAAGGGAUGUGUUUGCUGAAGCUGUGAGAGCAGUGUUAUAUCCAGUCACAAAAAAGAAUUCCAAAAAGUGUGUCCUCUUGUAAUAAGUGGUUCCCAGAUCCCAGAUGGACUAUGAAGAGUAAUAAUGGAGAUCAGCGACUCAAAGGAAGGCUAAGGAACUAAGGUUACCAUCCGGUUGCUUCCAUACCAACUUUGUCAGUUUUCAGCUCAAGUGUUACUCCUCUCUGCCCUUUUCAUCUCCUGGAGGACUUCACUGUGUUGCCAUCAUCACCAAAGUGACUAUGCCUGAAUGAGGGCAACAGACUGUAUCUCCUCUGUCUGUCUUACAUUUUAAACUUUUGAUAUUUACACACUUUCACUUUUACAUCUCUUGAUUUAUAGCUUAUCUGCUUUGCCUUAUAAAAUGCUGAUCAUGGUUGCCACAAGCCAUAACAUCUAAACCAGCCAAGUUACCAUGUUUGACUGGAAAAAUGAGAUCUGCCUUUGUUCAGGUGGAGAACUAAUGACUACCUCACUUCACCUAGGUUGCAUCUCAUGAGUCCUAAACAAAAUUACCAUCAAGAUGUUUUGGCUCGCCUAUUUAGAUGUAACAAACAGUGACGUCGCAGAUGAACAAGGCAUGCAAGCCUGACUCUGAAUUAGGUAUGAUCACUCCUGGACAAAUGCCAGUAACCCUUAACCAAAUGCAAAGAUUAAAGGUUGAAUUGCCUUUCUGCACUUCCCCUUGUGCUCAGUCUGGUAUGUUUAUAGAUGUUUGGCAGGCUGCCCUUCCAGCCUCUUGCACUGCUAUCUCACUUCCCUGCAUGGAAGAGCCAAUAGGCCUUUGAAGAUAAGUUGUACCAAUUAACAGCAGUGGACAACUUGCCCUCUUCUGUAAUAGAGAAGGGGUGUCAAAAGGGCUCUGCCAAAUUAACCUAUACUGGUACAGGACUCCUUGGGCUGACAUAGUUAGCAAGUCAGAUUGUAGAACAGCUGUCCUCGGUCUACAUCUCAACUCCUGAGGCUCACAUUGAGUGCCAUUUAAAAACAUGCCUAAGAAUUUCUCUUUGACAUGGUGAUGUCAAGGAGACUGUAUUUUGUCUAAUGGUGAAUUUACUCUGUAAAUGAUUUUUUCUUUAUUUUUUUAAUCCUCAAAUGUUUUUAACUUACACUUGCGGUUAUGGCCAAAGUUGAAUAUAUUUUUUUGUAAUAGCCUAUGUUUAUUUGAUCAGUAAAAUGUAUGUGUGCUGUUGUUAUCACUUAUGAUAAACUAGAACUCCGUAAUGCUUCCCUUGUCAAUUACAUUAUUGUCUUAAGGUCAGCAGACAAAGACCACUGCAUAAUCAAUUCAGUGUGGCAUAUAAUACCACAAUAUUUUUAAAUGGCUUGCGUUAGGCUAUAUAUUCCUUUUCCUUUACUGUCUUUGUUGGCAAAUGUCAUUUCAUCGUAGAAGUGGUGUCAAAAAGGACUUGAUGGUCCAAGCUACAAGUUUAUGUACAAUAUGCAAGGAGCUUUUUAUUUGGUGAGUUGCCUUUUCUAAACCAAAGACCACACCAGUGCUCCUGUGGAAAAACCAAAAGGUGCUACAAGCACUAUGAGAAAUUUAAAAGAUUCAACAAGUUCAGAUUUAUUUUUGUAAUUUUUUUUAGAAGCUUUUCCUUAUUUCCUGCCAGUAAAUACUCUCACCUCGCAGCCUUUUUUUUUUGUGUAAGACACAGGUGCUAAACUGACGUCUUGCAUGGCAAGUCUAUCUGCAUUUGUGAAACGGAGCGUUCAGGCCCACAGCUCUUAACAGAUUGUGGUUUACAUCCCUGCACUGCACGGUGCAGUGAGGGCAAAGCACAACGCAACAUGCUCACACAAUAAGAGCUGCGUCGAUAGUGCUUCGCCACAUCUGACGAUUUUGAUACAUUUUUCUAAAGUAUUUUUGUAACAACUAGUUUGCUUCUUUGUACUUAACAACCACCAGCAAUAAUAGCAAGCCAUUCUUGUAGUAAGUUACACUCCUGUUGAGGUCUUAAAUAACUCAAUCUGGAUCUUGGCCUCCGUCAAGCCUAAAAAUAAUAAAGCGCAUUAUAAGCACAAGGUUAUGAGUGACAGUGAUGUGGAUUGAGAUCCAUCAAAAGUGUGAAAUUUACUAGAUGGUUGUGCGGAGGGUUGAAUGUAUGUGCAUGAAAUGUAAAACUAAUCUGUGGUUAGCUUUUUUUUUUUUUUUUUUUAAAUGAUUAUUUUAAAGUUCUUUUCUUUUUGGCCAUGUCCCAAUAUCACUCAGAUAGUGCUGUUAAAGUGGAACACACACCUGUGGGCUCUCUGUGUCUGUGUCCUGUAGCUGUAUGCUACCGUUUGCGUGGUACUACGCUUUUACACUGGGAACUUGAUUUGUAGAAAUCUGUUCGUAAUUGUUUUAUAAAUAACAAAAGCAUAUUUGUAUAAAUGAACUAACAAUGAGAUGAUUUUAAAUUAUGCCGAAUAAAAUGGUGCCUAAAACCAUA